UGGCGGACGCGGGCCGGGUUAGCGCGGCUGGGGGCGUAGCGCGCUGAGGGGGGUCUGGUUGUGUGGCAGCCCGCGACGCGGCCGGCGAGAACAGACCCAGUGCGGAGAAGGGCGGCCGGCUGGCCAGCCCUUCUGUUGCUGAGGGCGACCGCGCGAGACCAGGUUGUUUUUCAUCAUUCAGAACGUUGCCUGAAGCAGGUCCACCAUGCCGUUAGUAACGAGGAACAUCGAGCCAAGGCACCUGUGCCGUCAGACGUUGCCUAGCGUUAGAAGCGAGCUGGAAUGCAUGACCAACAUCACCCUGGCAAAUGUCAUCCGACAGCUGGGCAGCCUGAGUAAAUAUGCCGAGGACAUUUUUGGAGAGCUCUUCACUCAGGCAAAUACUUUUGCCUCUCGAGUAAGCUCCCUUGCUGAGAGGGUCGACCGCCUACAAGUUAAAGUCACUCAACUGGAUCCCAAGGAAGAAGAAGUGUCACUACAAGGAAUCAACACCCGAAAGGCCUUCAGAAGCUCUACUGUUCAAGACCAGAAGCUUUUUGACAGAAACUCUCUCCCCAUACCUGUCUUGGAAACAUACAACACCUGUGAUACUCCUCCACCUCUCAACAAUCUGACCCCUUACAGGGAUGAUGGGAAAGAGGCACUCAAAUUCUACACAGACCCUUCGUACUUCUUUGAUCUUUGGAAGGAGAAGAUGCUGCAGGACACCAAGGAUAUCAUGAAAGAGAAGAGAAAGCAUAGGAAAGAGAAGAAGGAUAAUCCAAAUCGAGGAAAUGUAAACCCACGUAAAAUCAAGACACGUAAGGAAGAGUGGGAGAAAAUGAAGAUGGGUCAAGAAUUUGUAGAAUCCAAAGAAAAGCUGGGGCCUUCUGGGUAUCCACCCGCCUUGGUGUACCAGAAUGGCAGCAUUGGGUCUGUUGAAAACGUGGAUGCAAGCAACUACCCACCACCACCACAGUCAGACUCCACAUCUCCACCUUCUCCUUGCUUCUCUGAGGACAGCUUGCCUCCCCCACCAGCAGAAUUCAGCUACCCAGCAGACAGUAACCAAAGAGGGUCUGGCUUAGCUGGACCCAAAAGAUCCAGUGUGGUCAGCCCAAGCCAUCCACCACCAGCUCCUCCUCUGGGCUCUCCGCCAGGCCCCAAACCUGGGUUUGCUCCACCACCUGCCCCUCCGCCUCCACCUCCGAUGAUGAGCACUCCACCCCCACCACCGCUUGGAGGAUUUGGGUCUCCAGGGACCCCACCACCACCUUCACCCCCAUCUUUCCCACCUCACCCCGAUUUUGCUGCCCCUCCACCUCCUCCCCCACCGCCAGCAGCUGACUACUCACCUCUGCCACCACCUCUCCUGUCCCAACCAGCAGGAGGAGCACCUCCGCCUCCCCCGCCUCCCCCUCCUCCGGGGCCCCCUCCUCCCCCUUUCAGUGGUGCAGAUGGCCAGCCUGCUGCACCUUCACCACUUUCUGACACCACCAAGCCCAAGUCCUCCUUGCCUCCUGUGAGCGAUGCCCGCAGCGACUUGCUUUCAGCCAUCCGUCAAGGCUUUCAGCUGCGCAGGGUUGAGGAGCAGCGGGAACAAGAGAAGCGGGAUGUUGUGGGCAACGACGUGGCCACCAUCCUGUCACGUCGCAUUGCUGUGGAGUACAGCGACUCAGAAGAUGACUCCUCUGAGUUUGAUGAGGACGAGUGGUCGGAUUAAUAACUCUUCUGCCUGUUGCCCACUUCCUUUUUCUUUCCUUCCUACCUGCCUCCUUUGAUGCCUACCCCGACGGUCCCAAGGGGAAAAAGGGAGGAAAAAAAGAAUCUCAAGGGGCCAGAGCCUUCCCUGAAGCAACCAAAGAUAUAUCCAAGUGCUUCCUCCAAAUCAGCAUGUAUUUCCCAUCUCCCCGAGGUCAGGCCCCAUGGGGCUCCUGAGGUUUAGUAGCUGAGAUGUUCCUCUUCCCUUCAAGUGACUGUUGCAUAUUGAAGAGAAGGGAAAACCCCAAAGCAGAUCCCUUUGAUUGGGUUUAAAUUGGAGUUGGUACCUUCCCCUAGGAGCCAUUUGCUGUGGUCUUCUUCGAGAAUCCUUGCCCUCAGCUACUUUGAAUAAUGCCAGCCAUCUUCUGGUCCUAAAGCCUGCCUGGACACAGCUGGCCCCUUUCCCAUGCACUGAGAGGGCGGAGCAGCUGCACACCCAGUGCCUCCCCCUUCUGCCCUCAUCGGCAGGGUGAGGCUGCCUUUUGCUAAGCCAAUCUCUAUGUCUGGAUGCCCUUUAUUCCAGGAGUCAUCAAGCCCCUAAAGAAAUGUCUUACCCCUCUGCUCAGAAACAAUGCCUUUCUGGAGGCAAGGGUGGUUCCCUCCCUCCCAGGGUCCCUCUCCAGAAUGUGGUGUUCCACGUUCCUUAAAUGCCCCUCCCUCACCACCAGGUGCCUCCAAGCACCACAGCCCAGUUCUAACCUCUAAUACUCAUGACCAAACUAGCCCUGACACACAGGGAUCUGGGCCUCUUCUGGCUCUCGGGAGCCAAGCUUAGAGACUUGUAACUGCAGGACUGGGAAAAAGGUGGAACUGGGUUGAAUGAUGCUGAAGCCUAGAGAUGGGAAGUGACUUGCUCAAGGUCACACAGUUGGAUGAUGACAGAGCUAGACCCCAGAGUUCCUGAUUCCAAGUCACCUGUGCUUUCUGGGACCAAAUGGUGGGCACCUGCUAGAGCCCGGGCAGAGCAGUUCUUGGCUCUCAGACCUCACCACAGGUGGGGGUCGCAGUAGAAGGGCUCAGGGCCUGUGCCAGGCCUAUCAGUGCUGCUCAGACCCUCAUGGCCUCUCUUGUAAUUGUUUGCUCCCCUUUUCCUAUCACCAGCCAAGCACCUGGCCUUGAGAGCUGCCCUUUGGGGGGACCAGAGGUAGUGAGAGAAGGAAGCGGGUAGGCAGCGUGACAGGUGCUGCUUUCAAUUCCUCUGCAACUCCUCCCCCUUUUAUUUCCCCAGUUUAAGCAUAGGUCCUUCCAACUGUAGAAACUUCAGUCCCUCAGGCUGGCAGCCGCUGCAGGUAGCUGUCCCGGGGCGAGGUGGGGGUGGGGGGCUGGCGGCUGGCGGCCAUGAGGAGGGUCGAAAGGCAGAAGGACUCUGGGUCUUGUUUCCAGUCCCCUCCUCACUGCACAGCGCCGUUCCCUCCCUCACUCCCCCUUUUUCCCAGAGCUAAUACACAGGUGCUAUUAUUCAGAAAAAACUGGUCAACUUUGGCCAACAGUGAGGUUUCUUCUCUUCUGCCCUAACUAUUGUGUAGCCUCUUGUGCUGAAACUGGCUUCUGGCUUCUCCGGCUUUCCGAGCCCUGAAACAAAGAGAAACGGGAUCUGUCUCUACUGAGCACAGCAAAUGGUUAUAGUAAUUGCCAAAGCCCUCAUCAACCCCUC